UCUUCCUGGAAGUUUUGCUCUGCCUUUUGACCACGGAAGAAAAUGAUGGCACUGGCAAGUCACCACCUCCAAUCAUGGAAUCAAAUCUCGAUGGAAAGGACGUGGUGUAAUCGACUACACCGAGUUUGAUCUGGAAAUUGCUUCGGCGAUCAGGUUAUUUGUUCCAUAGACUUGAAUCAUCUUCAAACGACUCCGUUGUAGCUUUUUCGCGUUGGAACGGAGAGACCAACGUCUUUAGAAUUUUUUUGCUUGAGAGGACUGUAUUUGGCUAUUGUGGCAAAUUAGCAUGUCGCUUUAGUUAGACAGGAGAACUGAGGAUGGAGUUGACGACAAGAGGAAAGUGACAUUUAAUCCCCUUGAACAAUGCUGGCAGAAGUGGAAAGUGUGUCUUUCCACAUUUGGUAGGACACCACUAUUGCCCUCUGGAGAUGUUUGAUGUCCAUACACGUCAGCACCGCUCCAGACAACGACAGCAUUCAUACAGCAACACUCCAUCCGCCACAGGUUUCUCUUCUUAAAACAGCCAUGCAUUUGAAGUCAAGGAGACAGUGGACAACCGUCCUAUUUGGUGUCAUUCUCGGAUUCACUGUGUGUUCUUGGUUGAUUGUACCCCAAGUUCUGGAGAGAAAACGUAACGAAUCCCCCCUGUGUUCGUUGAAAAGUCAGUCCGCAGUCGGGAAAAUAACGGGAAACCUCGAGGACUCUGCGGCCGUCGACGACCGGGGAAAUCACGUUUUCAAAAAUGAGAACAGACCAUAUAUUCGGGGGAACAACAGUACAGACAACGGGAGGCUCUCGAGCCGACCGAAGCAGUUCCUCUUCGUGGGCGUGAUGACGGCGAAAAAGUAUCUGUCUACCCGAGCCGUGGCCGCGUUCAAUACCUGGGCGCGUUCAAUCCCCGGGAAGGUGGAGUUCUUCUCGAGUGCUGGCUCCAACAACGUGGACGUUCCUGUUCCUAUCCCGGUAAUUUCACUUCCAGGCGUGGACGAUUCUUACCCGCCACAGAAGAAGUCAUUUAUGAUGCUGAAAUACAUCCAUGAUCACUACCUGGACAAAUACCAGUGGUUCAUGCGAGCAGAUGAUGAUGUCUAUAUAAGAGGUGAGAAGCUAGAAUUGUUUCUGCGUUCUCUGAAUAGCAGUAAGCCUCUUUACCUUGGCCAGACUGGCCUUGGCAUGGCAGAGGAAUUGGGCAGACUCGCACUUGAGCCUGGGGAGAACUUCUGCAUGGGCGGGCCUGGGAUGAUCUUCAGCAGGGAGGUACUACGCAGGAUGAUACCGCAUAUUGGUACUUGUCUCAGGGAGCUGUACACAACCCAUGAGGAUGUGGAAGUGGGCCGGUGUGUGCGACGCUUUGGAGGGACGCAAUGUGUGUGGUCCUAUGAGAUGCAGCAGUUAUUCUAUGAGAAUUACGAGCACAAGAAAGGUUUCAUUGAGGAGCUCCACAAUAGCAAGAUCCACAAUGCCAUCACACUACAUCCCAACAAAUGGCCAUCUUACCAGUACAGACUCCAUAACUACAUGUUGACCCGCGAGAUCUCAAGACUUCGCUACCACACCAUUCUGCUCCAUCGGGAAGGCCUGACUAUGACUCACCUCAGUGACACAGAAAUGUUGUGGGAGGACCAACAGCUGGGUGAACCGCCAUCUUAUAUGCGGUAUCAGCCCAGUGACCGAAAUAACGUUAUUGAGUGGAAUUUCUUGACCGGCCGCCAUAUUUAUUCCGCCGUUGAAAACAAGAUGCCCCGCCAAAACCUUGUAAGCUCUCUUCGAACUGCAUUAGAAGAUAUCAUACUCCAAGUCAUGGAAAUGAUAAAUGAAAAUUCAAAAACUCGCGGACGUGUCAUAGAUUUCAAAGAGAUUCAAUAUGGCUACUACAGAGUGGAUCCAAUGCACGGGGCUGAAUACAUCUUGGACUUAUUGCUUCUGUACAAAAAACACAAGGGACGUAAAAUAACGGUUCCCGUGAGGCGUCACGCGUACCUUCAGCAGUCCUUCAGUCGACCUUUCUUUCAUGAAACUGAAGAGUUGAAUGUGGCCGACCUUGUGACUGCGAUCAACUCUGAAUCCCAGUCCCUGUCUUUUCUACCCAACUCUCUGAAGUUCCUGUCUCGUUUCCAGUUCUAUGAGUCAACUAGAGAAAUAUGGGAGAAAAGCCAAAGGAAAGUUAACAUCCUCGUCCCGCUGUCCGGUCGCUAUGACACCUUUGUCCGUUUCAUGGAGAACUUUGAAAAAGUGUGUCUGAUACCUAAGCAAAAUGUAAAACUCUCUGUGAUUCUCGUGGACAACGAGAGCAACGAGGACAAAGGAAAACAUAUGCACUUAAUCAAAGAUUACAACAGGAAAUUUCCCAAAGCCGAUCUGUCAGUGAUUCCCAUGACGGGAAACUUUUCUCGAGGGUUUGCUCUCGAACUGGGCUCCUCCCUGUCUGAUAAUGACACUCUACUCUUCUUUUGUGAUGUUGAUCUUAUCUUUAAUGCAGAUGCCCUGCAGCGCUGUAGAGAUAACACGGUUCAAGGGAGCCAGGUGUAUUUUCCCAUCAUAUUUAGCCAAUACAACCCUAAAAUAGUGUACGCUGAAAAGGCCCCAAGAGAAAACAGUUUUGUUCUCACCAAGAAAAGUGGCUUUUGGCGUACCUACGGCUUUGGAAUAGCCUGUAUCGUCAAGAGUGAUCUGUUGAAAGCCGGUGGAUUUGACACUUCAAUUCUUGGCUGGGGUUUGGAAGAUGUAGACCUUUACACCAAAGUUAUUAACUCCGGCUUAAAAGUGUUGCGAAGUCAGGAGCCGGGAAUUGUACAUAUUUAUCAUCCUGUCCAUUGCAACUCGAGUCUUGAUCAGAAGCAACUCAAAAUGUGCCUUGGGUCGAAAGCUAGCACGUAUGCUUCAACAAUGCAGUUGGCAGAGCUGUGGAUGGAGAAACACAUCGAAGGAGUGUAUAAUAGAACUUUAUCCUGACAUUCCUGCCUGCAUGCCACCAUGCAAGUUUACCUCAUUUCUAGUCAGCAAUAGCAUCUAAUGGUUUGGGUAUUCUCUUGGACAAUGAUUCCAACGAACCUCGACAGUAUUUUUUUUUCUUCAAAGCUACAUUAGAAAGAAGCCGACUAGUUGUCCAUGUGAACAGCCCGUCAUCCAAUUUGUAAAAGGAAGUGGGACUUGAGCAUGGCUAAAUCCAAUUUAAUAUGAGACCCGUUUUGGGUUCAUAUUAUUUUGUGGGUUCACUUUGUACAGUUGGGUUCGACUUGUGUUUUUAUUAACUAUGGACAGACAGUGUUGAUGGCCCAUUGUUCAAAAUCAAUUUCAAUGAUGAUUCAUGCUUUUGUGGGUCUACCUCUACCCCCAAUGUUAUUUUAGCAUCAUUAACUCAUUCACUCUCAAAGACGUUUUUAAACGUCUUUUCAGACUUGGUCCAUAAUUGGCUGGUACUGAAUGAGUUAAAAGUAGCUAUUCAAAAAGUGUUUGUCAAUAUUGAUUUUUUAAAAAAUAUGGUUUGAUAUUAUGAAAGUGGUAUUGUGUCAGUGAGUCCAAUGAUAUACUGUAAUUAGCAACGAUCGGUCUAGACUUAUUCAGAUUUUAUCUUUUUCCAUAUUGUAGUUGUACAAGUUCAAGAGUUCAAAUUUCAAGCUCCUUUUUCUUUCAUAGUAUAUACAUUGGAAUGUAGUUAUGUACUGUAUAUAUGUAUGUAUAGUAUGUGUAUGUAUGUACAAUAUAUUCAGGUGCAAUAUAUACGUGUGGGCAUAUACAUGUGUAUAAAAUGUGUGUAUGUGCAUAUGUGUAUAUAUGUAUCAAAUGCAAUAUAUAUACACACAGUACGUUUCACAGAGCAGCUCAGGGAACAUACUAGUACUAGUGUCUGCCUGGGCAUGUAGCUCGUUGACGGGUUAUUGCUGUCAAGCUCAGGUCAAGCGAUACACCCCAGCCCAUAGUGCUGGUACACAUGGCUAAACUGGGUUUUGUAAUCAAGCGGAAGCGACUCUCGAGAGAAAAAAUGACUUUUCUAGCUAUUGAGGCAGUGUCUAUUUCCAUUUUAUGUUCUAGUCAUUGUUGCAGACUUUUAUUGGCUUUCACAACCUCGCCACAGUUGUUUGAGCUUUGUGGUGAAUAAAUCCAGGAGGCUUUAAAUAGAUCCAGUUGAAAAUGUUUGCAUUUGACCGUGCAUAGAAAGUAUACUGUAAAAUCUCCGUAGGAUUUACCACACAUUCCGUAUCAAGGGAAUGGAAUGUUUAAAUAGAGACCGCUAGCAGCCAUUUCUUUCUCUUGAAAUGUAUGAAUCACUUCUUCUGACUGUGACCAACACUUCAUUUAUAGCUUACAUUAAUUCAAGAAUAAAAUUGAUUUGAACAGUGGUCACUGUAUAUAUUCUUUUCAUUGGAGUUGUAUACUAUUUUAAUUUAUCUCCAGGACAAAGUGUUCAAAAUGAAUAUUGAAAGCAUGCAAAGGAGAACAGAAACAUGAAACCAAUUUCAACCCACUGUUCAUUGUCAACUAAAUAGAAUUUUUCAUUCAAGUGUUUCAAAAUUCCAUCCACCCUUUAUAUUAUGUUCUGUACCUUUGCUUUUUUGUUUGUUUGGGUUUGUUUGUUUUUUAAUCGAGCAAAAAAAUCAAUAAAAAUAUGUGCAAAUUCA